CUGGGUGGUACCAUAUGAGGCCUGUCACUCAUCACACAGAGACAGACGCAUCACGUGAUCCCUCCUUUGAUCUCGCUCCAGAAUCAUGGCGUGGGGAUGUUUUGGACUGGCUCUAUGUGCAGCGCUGAUCUUAUGCUUGCGCCAUCCCUGCUCUGCGCUGCACACUAAGGGCUCCGUGUCUCUGGAUCACAUCACCUUCUAUAAGGUGAUUCCGAAGAGUAGAUUUGCGCUGGUGAAGUUUGAUACUCAGUAUCCUUACGGUGAAAAACACGACGAGUUCAAACAGUUGGCGGAGAGCUCGUCUUCCAGCAGAGACCUUCUGGUUGCUGAGGUUGGAAUAUCAGAUUACGGGGACAAACUCAAUUUGGAGCUUGGUGAAAAGUACAACCUCGAUAAGGAUAAAUUUCCAUAUUUUUACCUCUUUGUGGAUGGGGACAUUGACCAUCCAGUUGUCUACGCUGGUCAAGUCAAGACCCCUGCAAUACAGCAUUGGCUGAAAGCUAAUGGGGUGUAUCUGGGCAUGCCAGGUUGCCUUGAGGAAUAUGAUAUCUUGGUUGGAGAAUUUUUAAGGUCAGCGUCGAAAGAAGGGCGAAGUGACCUGGUGAAGGAAGCUCAGUCCAUGCUGGAGGACAUCGGCGAGUCCGAGAAACAGUCCGCAAGGCAGUACGUGAAGAUCAUGGGGAAGAUGCUUGAGGUAGGGGAGAGCUUUGCCAGUAGUGAGUAUGAGCGCAUUACUAAACUGAUUGAGAAGAACCAGAUGAGCGAAUCCAAGAAGGAAGACCUUCAGAAGAGACUUAAUAUUCUUGGCAGCUUCCAGAGCAAAGUAGCAGAGAAGGAAGAGCUCUGAAGGGAAUGACGUGAUGGUGUCCAAACAUGCUUUGCGGGUCUUUACUUCACGCAGAGCAACGCUUUCUGAACAAUAGUAAUAACAUCA